AUGUGGUUAUGUCCUGUUUUGUUGACAGCUGAUUCUGCUGUUUCGGAUGAUCUGGGCGUUGAAGGCAAGCGCAUAUAUGAAGAAGCUUGCAAGAAGGGCAAGGUCAGAAUUAUUCGCGUCUUGUGUGAUACCCUAGGAGAUGAAGAAUCAGGCAAGUCUUGUUUCGCUGAUUCAUUGAUGGACAAACCAUAUAUUGCAAAGCGAGAGAGUACGAACGGAGUCAAGGUCAAGAUGAUGACUCAUGCAAUUGGAGAUGGAACCAACUGGAAAGAAUUGGCGGACGAAAAGGAGAGGCAGAAACACAUUAGCAGAGUGUUGGCAAAGAAAUACGUCGACCAACGCAAGCAGGAGUCCAAAUCUACGAAGAAAGACAAGAAUGGCACAACGGCAGAUGAGGGUGCUGUAGAUGAGGGUCCUGCAAAUGAGGGUCUUGUAGCUGACUCUUCUCAUGUUUCUGAAUAUGAGCGUUUUCAAGAUGCAAAUAAACCAGAUGCAAACGCAAUAGAGGCAAUCUCUCUCAUGAAGAACGAUUCAAAGGAGAUGAGCAAGUGCGAAAAUACGAUGCUAUUGACACUGAUGGACAGAGGAGGUCAAGACCAAUUUCUCUCCACUCACGCUGCUCUUAUGGCGGAUGACGCACAUCAGUCUACCGUGUGUUUCUUAGUUAUUGAUGGGUCGAAGCGACUACAUGAAAAAGUAUUAGAAUCCAAAUUUCGUCUACCAGAUGGACGUGUUAUCACAAAGCCUCGGGAUAUCGCUACGACGAGAGCCGAGGUUAUCCGAUGCUAUUUCACUGCUCUUUCUGCGGCUUUCCCUGCUAAACAAGAGUUUCGAAACUUUUUGGGAAUGGAGCUAGGGAUACGUCCACCGGCAACUUUCAUCGUUCUAACCAGGAAAGAUGUAACGGAAAAAGACCAAGAAUUGGUUACAGAGCAAGAGAAGAAAUUGUGGGAUAUUAUUUCUCACCAGAAGUUUGUUGAUCAUAUCGUUCAAUACAAGGACAAGAAUGGAGACUUUAAGUUUGUGUUCCACGUAGAUAAUACCAAGUCAGGUACGGGGAACCCUGAUGAUACAAUUCUUCUUAUCAAAGAGAUGAUCGUUGAAAUGGCUAGUAAGCGUUGGAGUGACAAAGACUUGAUUCCAGUAUCAUGGGUCACUCUAGAUAAAGGUCUCGGUCUUCUUCAAAUGGCGGGGCAUGAAGUUCUUGAUAUCCAAAGUGUGUACGAACUAGCUGCUGGAGAAUGUGGUAUCGUAGCCAACGGCGAUUGCCAAGAAGCAUUGAAGUACCUCUGCAACCAUGGGUCGAUUGGAUUUUACCAUAACGUUCCUGUACUCAAGGAAAAAGUUCUUCCUAACCUUCAGUGGGCCGCUGAUAUGUUGGCUACUUUUGUUACAGUUGUGGACGAAAAGAAUGUCAAAAGUGAUAUACGGGUGGCGAAUGAUCUCACAAAUCUGCACCAAACGGGUGUCAUGUCUUGGAAUCUUGCAAAGUCUUUGCUACACAAUGCAAAGUCACUUCUAAAUAAGUCAAAGUCUUUGCUGGGUGUAGCCCCAGUAGUGGAAGAUUACGACGAUGUCAUCCUCAACCUUUUGCGUCUCUUUGAUGUCAUUGAACAAGCGGUUUCAGUGUCAUCUAAAGCCGAAACGGAGGUGGGUGUAAUACGCGGUCGUGACAUUUACGUUCCUUGCAUGGUUGUCAGCGACAUGAUCAAGACCCCUUUCUCUUACGAAUCAGUUUUGUUCUCGUCUGCAACUCCUCCACCUCUUUUUAUCGUUCCGAAAGGCUUUAGCAUUUUUCUCAAGCCUCUCUUUUACCGUCUUGUUGUCCGCAUGAUACGAGCCCUUCGUUUGAAGUACUCACCCGAUCUCAGCAGGAAGCAGGUUAUUCUUCAUAUCGACCAACACGUAUCACUGGAGUUGGCAUACAUUAAGAAAGCGGUUGUCGUUACCGUUUUCGCUCCCGACGGCAAGGAACUACCGCGGGAUCCAUUACUCGGUCAAUUGUGCUUUGACGUUCGUGAAACUGUAAAGGAACAACUCACUCAGGCCAAGAAACGAGGCAUGGAUGGCUUCGAGUUUGAACUUUGUGUUCAUAAUGUAGGUGGUGAUCGUGCAGUCUAUGAUGCUCGUAGACUCGCAUCACUGGAAAUGUAUCCAGACUCCAAAGUUCUGGUCGACGGAUAUCGUGACAACAUUGUGCAUCCUCGUCGUCUUGGUGUGUGGUAUAACAAUUGUGGCGAAAAUUGUACCUAUGACGAGGAGGCAACAGCGAAAGAGGUUAGAUGUCUUGCCAAAAGCAUUGAAACCUGCUGGGAAGAGUUUGCUGUGGAAUUGGAUGAAGACCUAUUUACUUUCAGUGCAACUAAGGCGAUAGCGCGUGAAGACGAUAGACUCUUCAUGCAAGCUAGGACUAUGUUAGAUAAAUGGAGCAACCAUCAUGCUGGUAAAGCAUAUCGUCGCUUGUUAAUUCAGGCAUUAAUUAAAGUCGACCAAAGAAAGGUGGCUAAUGACGUCUUUGGAGAAGGACAUGUAGAGCGGGUGUCGCCACAACAUUGAAAUUUAUUAUUACACAGAUAUAUAGCGAGAUUGAAAGUGUGUGUAUAGAGUUACUCGUUAGGACUUAGUUGCCGAAAACACUAUUCUGAAUGUGAUAAAUAGUUGCAUUAUUUUACUAAAGGAAAAAAUAUAUUACUGAACUGAACCCACGA